AGGGCGCGCGAACGCCAUUUUGAUUUGCUGCGAAGGUGGUUAGUGCGAAAGCGGUCAGUUUUCCCCUAAUUUGUCGAAUUUGAACUUUUUCCCAUGACGGAGAAUUCACGCGGCUAUUCUAGUCUCUUCAACAAUCUUCUGUACGCAUUUAUGUUUCACUAAUGCUAGUUUAAUCCGUGUAUAGCAUGGUGCUCUCUGAAAGAAAUUCAGACUCCAUAAGAAAUGGCAAAAGGUCUCGAGGACCUAGCCCCAAUGGUCGUGCAUCAGACUCUAGCAGUGAGGAAGAGGCGGAAAAAAUUCGCGUUGGGCGCGAUUAUCAAGCUGUCGUUCCGGAGUGCACUCCAGCAGCCGAAAGAGAAAGAAGACUCGAACAGUGUUCAGAUCGAGCCCUUCUAGUUUGGGCUCCUAGCAGUAAUAUUUGUGAUAACAAACUGGAUGAAUAUAUAUCAUUAGCAAAAGAAAAGUACGGUUAUAAUGGAGAGCAAGCUCUGGGUAUGCUGUUUUGGCACAAGCAUGAUCUCGAAAGAGCGAUUGCAGAUUUGGCUAAUUUUACUCCGUUCCCUGAUGAAUGGACUGUAGAAGAUAAGGUUCUGUUUGAACAGGCUUUCCAAUUUCAUGGGAAAAGUUUUCAUAGAAUUCGUCAAAUGUUACCUGAUAAGUCAAUAGCUACUCUCGUAAAGUAUUACUAUUCAUGGAAGAAAACUCGUAGUCGGAUAAGUUUACUGGAUAGACAAGCAAGGAAGUUAGCUGCGAUGAGAAGUGGAGAAGAUUAUUCUGCUGCCCAGUAUAGUGAUGUAUGCUCUGAUGUCGGAUCAAAUUCAGAUUCAGAAUCGGAUGAAAAGAAAGAGAACGGAGAGUUCAAAGAGAAGACAAACGUUUCUUGCGUCAACUGCGGUGUCUUGUGCACUCAGGCGAGUAGUACCCCUAAAGGCUUAAUGUGUACAGCAUGCUUCCUUCAUUGGAGUAAAACAGGCUCUUUACGACCCACAUCAGCGCCUGCUAGAUUGCGUGAUAAAAGUAGCUCAGCCAUGCUUAAUCAUCACAAACGGAAACCUCCAAGAGGAAUGUAUGUUAAUUACGAUGACUUAGUGGCAAUGGCUGCAGGACCCCAGGGCCAAGGUGAACAGAUGUUACGAGCACUGGAGCGAGAAGUGAUCUCGCUCAAAAGACAGGUUCAGAACAACAAGCAAAUCAUUAGCUCUUUGAAACGGAAAACUUCUGCUGGAAUUGACGAACUCCGUCCACAAGAACAGCAGUCUUCCGCCAGAAUCAAUGCCAGGUGGACAAAUGAUGAGCUACUUCUUGCAGUACAAGGUAUGAGAAAGUACGGAAAGGAUUUCCAAGCUAUUGCAGAUGUAAUUGGUACCAAAACAGAAGCUCACAUGCGGACAUUCUUUGUCAACUACCGAAGGCGCUUUAAUCUUGAUCUUGUACUAAGAGAAUAUGAAGAUGAGCAUGGUCCAAUUGGUGAUAAAUUUGAAAUUAAAGAUGAAAAGAUGGAGACUGAAGGUGCAGGAUCAGACAAUGAAGGAACAAGUUCGUCUAGAUCUGGUUCACCUCUUUUAAAACUGCCUUUACAGAACAGCACUCUUAAUUGUAAUAGUAACAAUGCCAAACCUAUACCUGUCGUGCAAGCCAAAUGAUAUUUAGUUUCAGAUUAGAAAGGUUUGAAUGAGGACUUGUAAGUCAUUUCGGAAGUCAUCAAAUCAAUCGAACAUUGCCAUCAAAUUGACAGUGAGAUAAUAGCUACUUAUAAUUGACUUAAAUUUUAGAUAAAAAAUGACAACAUAUUCUUCUUUUUAAUCAAACUUUUUAUCGAUCGGUUUUUAUCAUUCUAAGGAACUUUUUAUAUUUUAAUUCAAAAUGUUUUAAUUUAAACUGUGUUGCACUCUUUGUUGAGUCCCAAUAAAAAAAUAGAUCAGUCAUAUAGAUAAAAAAUUUUGUGAAUAUUUUUUAAUAUUAGUUUUCAGUUAGUGAACCGUAAAUUUUCUCUUAGCACCCCAAAACUAUACCGAGAUUCUUAUCAUGCCGCCAGAGCACUUUAUGCUAUUCAAUUUCCUGGAGAAUCGUUUUUCCAAUUCUUCGACAAUAACGAUAUCAUUUUAAUCUGAAAGUAAUUCUUUUGACCAGAACCCAGAAGAAAAGGAAAUAUGAAAUAUGAAAGACUAUGCACACAUUGCUAAGAAAUUCGGCACCAGCAAUCAAUCAAUUUUUUUUAGUGUAAUGUUCCUUAUGGCCUCCUGAGCAAAAUGAACUUUUAAAAUCAAACGUGUCAUGUCUUUGUCUCGAGAAAAACAAGGCUGAUAAGUGAACUUGUUGGUAUUUUUACAUGCAAUUAUCAAACAAAGAUGGUGCAACAUCUGGAAGGUGAUCAAGGAGAGCUUUUGUUUCCUUGCUGGCAGCAAGAUGAAAUGGACAUAGAGAAUCUAAGUCCUCAUAAUACUAAUAGCAUGUGGCACUGUGUUCUCAGAGACGUAGCAGCAGCUCCAUAUCUCCAUUAAAAAGUGCAUGUAUGAAAGUAAAAAAAUUCACUUUUCAGCCGUGCUUUUAACAAGAUUGGUACUUAGGAAGUUCGACUUUAAAAGCUCAGGAGGUCGAAAGGAACAUCAUAUCAAGUACAUAAUAUCAAAAUUUAGCUAGCACCAAAAUUCUUGGUGUUAUGUGCGAAGUUCUAUUCCCUCGGUUAGCACCAACUUACAACAAUUACUGUCACAUUAGUCAAGAAAUUGUACAGCCCAAAUAAAGUUACAGAGAACAGUGACCUAAUAAACUUCUUAAUGUCUCUUAUUAACUCAGAAUCAGAGUUUUUCCUUUCUAAAACUUAAAUUUUGACAAGAAACCAAAAGCUUUCAAGGCUAUGGACGUGGCCCGAGAAUCAACCUUUAAGACCUUUAAGGGAGAAAAAUGCAUCUUAACAUUAAAAAUAUUAUAAACAUUUGAUUGCUCUUAAAGCUAUGAAUUAAGCUGCUAAAACAAUUAGUUGUGGUAAUGAGUUCUUGUUGCCUGUUGUUUUGAGUAAUGGCUGUGAGAAAAUCAGUAAAAUAAAACGUAUAAAUGUCUAAGCUCAUUCUUGAAUAAGUAUCUGCAUUAUUUCACUCAUCAUUGCUUUAUAAUACCACAAACAGGUAGUUUUUCAUUUUUUCGAUAAGCCAUUAAUGCCUCUUUAAUUGUUCAUAUUCAUGCACCCAGGAUUAGUGUUUAGCUAAGCAAAAAUUAGUAACUUUAAGCCUUCAAACACACCUAAAACUUACUUAAUGAUGCUAAAAAUUGACAGGUAGCAUUCCAAGCAUACUCUGGCAAAUAACAGUGAUGAAUCGUGUUUGGAAAACUUGCAUUUUGUCCAUUCAAAAUAGUCAAAAUCACAUGAAUAGUAAAAUCUUGGGAAAACUGAGACUCUAUUAUUUUCAUUGGUAGUACAUUGAAACUAAGUAAUAGUAACAAAACCAAAAAACUACUGUAUAAAAUAGUGUUAAGUUGGUCUCUUGUAUGUGUUGAUAAGUAACUUAUCCAUCAAAAAAUUAUUGAAAACAUGCAAACAGUUAGACUUAGAAAUCUCAGCACGAGCGAUGAUCAUCACUGCAGUUCUGAUAUGGUGCAAAUUUGAGUCCAUAUCUUCUUAUUAAGUCAAUGGGUUAAAAUUAGUCGGAAAUUUAAUGAACUAUAAAUUUUUUUUUCAACUGCCGUUGUCCUCAUUUGGUUUGCCACUGCGAGACCUCCAAGCCUCAGCAUUGGUAGUUAAUUUUAACCUAACAAAAGAUUAUUGUUUAUAAAUUAUUUCUAAUGAAUUUCACAGUCACCAAAAAACAAUAUGACUUUCGCAUGUGAUUCAUAAUGUAAAUCCUGUUCAUUGCUAAUCUCGCAAGUCUUAGAAUCGGUACAAGGAGCAAGCCAGUUAGGCUAGUAACAAAAUCGUGUUUUGAUGGUUUAAGAUUACAAACUAGCAAAAAAUAAUAAAAUCAGUCCGAAUACCUAGUUUCUAGAUCCAAUAUUUACGGAAAUUUCACACUUCAAAAAACCCAGUGUUUGAUCAAAUCUGACAUGGUAGUACACACUAUGGUAUCUUUGCCUCGGAAUCAACAGUUCGUGAUUCACACAACCGCAAUGAUUGCUCAACUCUAAAAACUGAUGAAAGUAAGGCGGAAGAAAUCAUGGUAUGCACCACUGCAGUUAAAGAAAUUAUUCGCCAUGUUUCUCGAAUGGUGAUAUCAAUAUUGAACAGAAAAUUGUGAUAAGCGGACAGAUCUCAUUAUUUUUUUGGUAAUGCAUAACCGGAAAUUGUCAAAGCAUGAUUCUGUGACAAGUGCAUUUGACCAAUUGAUCUCUUUAAGGUUUGACAAGAUAGAGUGACUUUUUUUUAAUCAAUAGAAAGUACGCCUACAUUGAUACAUUGAAGCCAUGUAGGAGAUAGCUCCUUGAAGAUUAAAGUCUCUCUUUAAUUUAAUAAAAAAAAAAAUUCUCCUAACGAUAGUCAAAUGUUGAAGUCUUUGAAUUGUUAAUCACGUAAGGACUGGAAACUUCAAGAAAAACAUUUUAAGAGAGAAAAAAAUUCGAAAAUGUAUUCUACACAUGCUUCUGCUCACUUUCUGGUGAUUUUGAAGAUACCUAAUUUUCUGCUCCUUCAUAGUAAAUCUUGAAUCAUUACUUUCAGACCUUUCCCUGUUUUCUCAUUCAAAGACAUGAAAUCGUGUCAACAUCAAUAGCAUUUAAGUGAAUGAGAGACACUAGGAUUUUAUAUCAUUUUCCGAUAUAAAAUUUGUAAAUUUAUUAUUAUGAUAAGCAAAUAUCAUAACUUGGAUGUUAAUUAACUCUAACAAAUUUUUCAAAAACUGAAGUGAAAGUGAAAAGAUUCAGUAUUAAAAGUUUUACGUACGAUACCAUGUGUCAAAGUUAUUUUAUUUUUCUUAUAAAUUUAUAAAUCAAUCACAUUACCAACUCUCUAAUAAGGUACGAACAACAAUAUCUCAAGUAUCACCCAACAAGGGGGAAAAAGGCUAAAUAUACAGGUCAACCCAAUGAGAAGAGCAGCGCACAACGAGCAUCAGAAAAUGUGAACGAGGGUUUUCUAAAGUGUUUGGAAGAGUUUUAGAAUGUUCCAAUUUUAGUUAAGAUCAGAUGGAGAUCUAACCGUUCUAGAAGUAAAAAGAAAAAACAGCUAUUUGAUCAAUUUAUAAGCAGAUCUAUUUUUUUUUUUAGAAAUCUUGCAGGUGGGGCAGAUGAAUUUUUUUUCAUUAGGACCAUAUUACAUAAAAUAAUGUAAUACCUUAUAGGAUAAAAUUCGUUUGCAUCUCAAAGUAACAUAGAGGUUGCACGUUUGAAUUUUUGCAUUUUGAUACGGACAGAUGAUUCAACCUGAAAAUACAUGUCAAAAUACACAAAUGGUAGGUAUAUCAAAACUUUUUGCCAGUUUUUUUCUACAAACCUACUAUAAAAAUGAGCAGUAGAAGAAAGUUGUAAUGCGUGAAGUUGUGGCAUUAGCCCUUGACCCUUAUUUUCAAAAGUUAAACAAGGUUCUUAACUGGCCAUAUUUUUUAAACCAUCUCCAUAGUCAAGUUCUCGCAAGGACUCCAAACCUAAAUACAUACUGGCCACAAAGACCACAAAAAAAAAAAAUCUAAAAGUGAAAACGAGACUUAAGGAAAAUCUGAGAUGAGAAAUUGUGAAGUAAUCAAUUAAAAAAACAAAAAAUGAAAUGAACAAAAAAUUCAAACUGGGCAUGAAAAACUCAUAAUCCCAUAAUCAAAUUUGAAAAACUGGCACAAUUUAGGACACCCUUGUCCUUUUUGUAUAGUCCUCCUCUGAUUGUCAAAAUAGUAGUUGGUAAAAUCAUUGCCUUAGUGUAAUUAAAUCGUUAGAUGCAAGGAAGGUAUUGCUUGGUUGCCGUGUGUGGAAAAUCCUGUUAGUAUUUAAUUCACUGUAAGAAAGUUAAUGUAUGCAUUUCAUGAAAAUUUGCUCUGAAUAUCUUUCAUGAUUCUAUCAUAUUCUAUAAAAUAAUUCCGGAAAAAUCACUCCCUAUAUUCUUCUACGAGGUUUAAUUUUGGAUCAAGAGACUCUAAAAUACACCAACCGCCAAGUGCCUUUUUUGCACUCAGCUUUUUAAUUCAGACAGCAGUGACGCAAUCGCUAUUUUGAAGAUUUGGAGGUUCUAACCUUUCUUUUCUGAUAAUUAUAAUUGAAAUAAUUGAGCAAUCACCAAUAUAAAGAUGAGGUUUUGAGUAAUCUUGAUUCUUUACCUUUCAAAUUUUUUUUUAUCAAGUGAAGUGCCUUUAUGUUUUCAUUGUGAGUGUUACCUUGUUCCUCUCAAAAUUUUAGUUUUCUUUCUAUGUAAUCAAGAGGUUUGAAGUAUGAAAUUGCCUUGAAGGCGAAGAUUAGUAGAUAAAAGAAUCCUCAAAUUUGUUCUGUUUGUAAUGUGUUGUACUUAUACAUUGGUGAUGUUCCAAUUACAUGAAAGGAGUCAAUUUAAAGGGAAGACAUUUUCGUUCCGUAAUCAUGUUUACUCCUCUAAGAACCAGUUUCUCAUGUCAUAUUUGCAAACUGGAGUGUGGAGGCCACUGUGGCUGCAGACUGAAAGCUCCAGAGUGCUUCAUUAUCACAAGUAGAGGAAGAAUUCAAUUGCCGCAUUGCUCAGUUUCGUAUGAGAAGCAACCUUAUCUUCUAUGAAAAAUUUUCCUCAACUUCUUUCAAGAACUUUAACCCCAUUUUUCUACAGCCUGAUAAUUUUUGUAUCAGAACUUCAGGAUUUAUCUCCUUCAAUUUUUGAGUUUUCAUGGUCAAACUAGAGAGAUUUUUCUACUCAAGCGAUUGAAGCAAGUUCAGGAAAAUUUUGUCCCCGAAGAUUAGGUCCCCUCUCACAGUUCCGGUCACAUAAGCCCUGAAGCAGAUUCAAGAAGCUGGAGAAGCUCCAAUGAUCUAAGAGUAUGUCACUGCAUGGUCAACAAAACGAAUUGAACAUUAGCUUAUUGAAGAAGACUAAGUUCAACAGUUGAAUUAAAUUAUUGGAGAAAGCAGUGGUCUAUCUUACUUCUCUGUCUUGUUCAACCAUGGCUUCAGUAAUGUUUUUUGUUACAUUUGAGUAAGAAGACAUUAAUCGGUUCAUCUUCUCUAAUUCUUUAAAAAAAAAAACUAUUUACUUUUCUGGAGGUGUAGUGGUUAAUUAUUGAGAAAGGUCUGUGUGACCUAACGUGGAUUCUGAUCCACCUUUGCAUCUCCAUUUUGGUUUGGUCACUCAAUUAAGAGGAAAUGACCAUUUGACAAGAGGGUAACGGCAAUAUUGCUAAAGUAAUAUAACGGCAAUAUUACUGUAAAUAUUGCCAGAAUGUGUCAAAUGUAAUGAAGCAAUAGAAUUGUAGCAGUAUUGUGGAAAUGUUACCACAAUACUCUCUUGAGAAGCGGGUACAUUACAGGUGAAUGUAGGCAAAUCAUCCUACUGUUAAAUUCAAGUUUCAAAUCAUUCUUUUCAGGCAAGAAAGAAUGAAUUAUGCAGUGAAAGUACCAGUGUAAAUUUUAGUCACUGAACUAUUUUAGUUAGUAAGUUUAUUUCAUGAUGUAAUUAUUUGUAAUUAACGAAUUGUUUUUCUAUUUUUAAAUUUAUUUUGUACCCUUACUUACAUGUCCUGUACGUAAAAUGUUGGCAUCGGAACAAUUUCACCGAACUUUUAGUCAGCUCAAUGUUAAUUUAUUUUGGAAACAGUUUUCAGAGCUCUAAUGAUAGCAAGUACAUUAAUAUUGUAUACGCCAUAGUUAUUAUUGCUCUCUAGCUUCCCAUGCUCAUUUUGAAAGUAGAAUUAUGUCAGAGUAUUUUACUUGCUGAAUUACAAAAGCGCUGAAGUAGAUUUUCUUUCAUCAUUUUAAGACAGUAAUCAAAAGCUAAAUAUUGAUUAGUCAGGAGUAACUAUCUUUUGAGUGCAAUUUCAAGUUCUUGCUCUGAUUAUAAAAUCUAAUUAUUUAGUUAUUGCGUCACAUAUUAUACAGUUGUCCAAUAAAUCACAGGUAAUGAAUCAAAUGAUGCAUUUAUAUUGGAGAAAGAAAUUGAAGUGUAUCUUCAAACGCUUUGAAAAUUGAAACAAUUACUUUGACUUUACUUUGACUGUCAAGAGAAUGAGUUUGUCGAAUUUCUUGCAUUUUUUCACAAUAAAUCAUUAUUUAUCUGGAUUCAUUUAAACUAAGUUGAUCUGAUGGAACAAAUAAUUUAAAUAAUCAAUAGAAAUGUGCUCUUAAGGAUUGGAAAUCCGUCGAAUAAUAUAUGAUAUGACAAUGGCCUCCAAUCAGGCCAUCUGCUUUGCAUUGAUACCAAAAGUGAGAAUAUCAGAAAUUCUGCGGAAAACAUCCCUUGGUCCAUAGGUUGACUUUUUUGUGAGGCACUUGGCACAACUAAGUGUUUACUAAAUACAUCAAUUGCCGCUGACACAACACUUAACCCUUAGGUUAUUGCUCAAAGCUUAGACGUCGCUUAAUAGUUUUAAUCAACUAGUAAUAUGUGCAAUCAAUGUCCAGCUAAUUGAUCUUUACUGUAUUCUCUAAAACUUCAACAUAUCUUAUAAUUAUGCAAUGCGAAUCAUCACAAAAAUGUGGGUGUUUUUACUUAGAAUUACCUGACCUAGGUACUCUAGUUCUCACUGUCUAAGAAUUAAUCUUAUAUUUUCCACCGGUCCGAGAUCUUGCUCGAAUACCUUGUAUAAUUUUCAAUCUAAAUCAUAAUUCAGUCAAGAUAAGGACUUCUAACAUCGUUCAAUUCUACGUUAUCAUUUAUGAUUAUCAUUUGUUUGACUGUCAUCCCCUUAAGUAUCGUUUUUAGAUAGUAUUUGUUUGUCAAUAUUUUUGUAAAUUACUCACAUAAGGUGUUGAGUUCCUUUAAAUAAAUAAAGUGAUGUCAA